AUGCGUCUCCUGAUCGUAGCACUCGCACUCUUCGCCGUUAGCGCCACAGCCGCGCCACAAUAUGGAUACGAACCAGCAGGCAGUGCCAGUGGAUUAACCGCACGCGGCAGCAAUGGAGUCCUCGGCGGCAGCGGUGGUGUUGCGCCCGGUAUUGGUGGUGGUGCCAUUGGCAAUGGUAACUCCCUAAGCCAUGGCGGCGGACGUGGUGGUGACAAAUACCUACCACCCGAGUCCGAACAACAGGCGCCACUCAUCAACAAACAAUUCUACACCAUCUCGGCACCGGAAGAUAAUGCCACCAAAUCGAAGCACUUGGUUUUGGGCAAACCACAAAAGAAUUUCCGUGUGAUCUUCAUUAAGGCACCCACACCCGAUAAUGUUAAGUACUCUGCCGAAUUCGCGCCACAAGAAGAGAAAACCGUUAUCUAUGUGUUGCACAAGAAGGGUGAAGAUAUCGAUGCCGCCAACAUUGGCACACCAGCACCAACUGUGCCCAGCAAACCAGAGGUCUUCUUCAUCAAAUACAAGACACCCGAGGAGGCACAACAGGCACAGAAGGAAAUUCAGGAUCAAUACGAUCAAUUGGGCGGCAACAACCAAUUCGGUGAAGACACUGCACCCAUCACCUCCGUGGUUGGCGCUUUGGACAGCCUUAACCCUGAUGGCAGCUACAACUAUCGCCAAGUGAACGGCGGCAGCGCCAAUUUGGCAGAGCCACAGCAGCCACAACAGCCCAGCCCUCAAUAUUUGCCAUCUUUCUUGAAGGUUUAA